UACAGAGCCGACACGCAGGCGUCUUUUUUUUUUUUUUUUUUAGAACUUUGGCCGUUUUUUUAUUAGUAUAAUAGAGCAACCGUAAAGUUUAUGCUACUAUUAUUCUUUUUAAACAAAAAAAAUGCUGGAUCCGGGGUUUUAUCGUUGGCUGUCUUUUACUUGGUGGUUCGUUAGGUAAUUGAACUGCCAGCUGGAUUGUUUUCGUAACGCUAUUUACUGACCAAAUUUAAGUUCAGUAAUCCUUCCAGAGACUUCGAACCCAGCGUAAUUUUCUUGUACCAGUUAGUAAAUAAUAUAAACGUAAGAAAACGAAGUUCAAUCGUCGUUUAUAUCUUUCUGAUGCCCAGCUAACUAGACUACAACUAGUCAGCCGGGGCUUGCUGCGCCCUAGCCGGGCGAACAUUGACGCUGCUCAGUGUCAUCCCAAGUGAAGAGAACCGAGUUUAUUAGGCGACAAUGCUUGAAAUAAUGUCCGAGCACCAAGAUUCAAUACUGAAGUGCAAAGCAGAGGCUCUGCCAUCAGAGAGAAGAAAGAGGACAGUAGAGGACUUCAACAAGUUUUGCAGUUUUGUUCUUGCAUAUGCUGGUUACAUUCCUUCUCCGAAGGAGGAAAGACCAUGGUCGCCAGCAUCGUCCAGUUCUCCAAACAGCUCUGGUGCUUCAGGUGAAGGAAGCGUUUUAGGUGGAGCAAGUUCUAACAUGACUGCCACCUGGAGUCACGGCACAUCGAACUUGCAUACUAUCCACACAUUUGUUCACAAGGCUCGUGCCAAUAAGAGUAACAAGAGCAUUCACCGAUUACCUUCUGACAGCACCAUGGUUGAAAAAAUGUGUUUAAAAGACUCUAUCUAUGAGAGCCAGGUAUCCAACAAAGCUGAGCGCAAAAAGGACAAGAAGCUGAAGCGCCUUUCUCUAGGUUUGGGUGUUGGUGACCACAGUAGCGGUGGUGGUGAGAAACGUGCAAGGAUCAAGCGCAGUAAAAACCCCAAACAGCUCAAAGAACUUAAGAAGCUUAAGAGCUCUGCCCACAGCGAGUCAGACUCUGAGACUGGUCUCGGCCAUGGUGAAGAGCACUCGAGCCAGGGAGCAGGGGCUGAGCACAGGCUACAAGCCCAGGGUACUGCACUGUUGAAAGAAGAGAUGGAGGAGGCCACCAGAGAAGCAGAAAUGAGCUCCAGUGAAGGAGAGACUUGGAUUGCAGAUGAAGAUAUAAUGGUGGAGUCAGGGGACGAUUCGUGGGACUUGAUCACCUGUUACUGUGGUAAACCCUUUGCAGGACGGCCCAUGAUUGAAUGUAGUCAGUGCAAUGUGUGGGUGCACCUCUCUUGCGCCAAAAUUAAGAAGUCCAAUGUACCCGACAUAUUCAACUGCCACAAAUGCAGAGACUUUCGACGGUCAAGUCACAAAAAAGACACUUGAAAGAGGGUGCUCAUUUCCACAAACUCUGACUGUUUCCAGUUCUCCAGUCUUUUUUCCGAUUUGACACCUGUUUGAUAUCCCUCCCUUGGGACUAGUUGCUCCCUACAUAUUUUGCAGUCAGAGCUCUCCAUUAAAGGGACAGUUCACUGAGAAAUAAUGUUUUGAAUUGGUCUCUUAGCGAGUUAGUACCCUGUUUAAUCUGCUUGCUAUUUGGCUGAAAUGUCCUUAGUAACAACUCCAGCAGAGCAAUCGGUUGUAAAAUAUCCUUUGUCAACUCAUUUUUUGGUGUUUUAAGUGGGACAUCCACCCUACAGCUUCCACAGUUGUCUACUGUGUUAUUUAUAUUAGUUCUUGUCAGAGCACAUCUUGCUGGGAUUUAAUAAAAAAUAAAAUAUUGACUUUAUUUUGAUUAAUAGAAGGAAUAUUUGAAAAUGUGUUGUCAUGAUUUUGCCAAAGUGAUAUGAUAAGAGAGGUUGUGUUGAUGUCACUCAGUUGUUUGAAAAAUUUAAAAUACGUAAUUUUUUAGUGAACUGUCCAUUUUUAUUUUUUUAUUGACCACUUGCAUUUGUCUGAAGACAGACACCCAUGUAAUUUACUAUUCUGAACAUAACCAAUUGAUUUAGAAGAAAUUAAAGUACAGUUGACUCAUGUACUUUGUCGAGGAAGCUAUCAAAUUUGUUUAGUCUUCAAUUACUUGCUCAACAUGGUGUUCUAAUUUUUGUUUUCGAUGUGUUAAGUUGACUUUUGUAAGAUUUCUGUUUUGUUUUAUGCUCAAGUGAAGGCUAGAUUAAGGAGCUGUUCUUAACUGAAGCUGUUGAAGCUGUCCCCAAAUUAAAUGGUUGUAAUUAUUGCUUUCAAGAAGUGUUUGUGGGUUAGAAUUGCUGAGAUUUGGUGAGGAGUACUCAUUUAUGCUACAAGCUCUUUUGUUUGAAUUAGUUUAGAGACUAUUGUUUGGAUAUUUUAUUUGUAUUUUAUUUGUGGUUUCUUUGUGAAGGUGGGGGCGUCGUCUUCCCCAAAAGCUAGACCACGCUUGCCUCACGUUUCAUUCUGUAAAUAUUGCAGAUUUUGAGAAGUGUACAUAUGUGAAAGUGAAAAGAAAAAAAAAUUAUAUAUAUAUUUUUUUUUUUUUUCAUCUGAUAGUUUUCUUUACUUAGAGAAAUAAAACUUUUAUUU